AGUCACGUGAGCUUGACGCAGGAACAGAGCUCAUUCCAGCUGCAGCAGCGGAGCACUGUCUGCACCCCCACUGUUGCAAAUCCAGUACAACAAAGAUAAAUCACAGAAAUACUUUUAUUUCACACCGGAAACAAACAGACUGAACCAUGAUGGAGAUGUCGAACAGCCAGUACGACUCCUUCCUGUUCUGGAGACAGCCAAUCCCAGCCCUUGACCUGUCCCAGCUGGAGGACCUGGGUUUGAUUGACAGGCAUCCGGCCAAUAGCAGCCAAGGAGAAGGAGUGAGGAGUGAGGACGAAGAGGCCCAGCUCACCCAGUUUUCCUCCUUCAAUUACUGGAGAGCUCCCAUUGCUAACGUUGACGCUCUGCUGGCCGACCUCCACCUGCUGCUCUGAGCCCGCAUCGGCCCCCCAACCUGACCCUGGAUCAGUCUCUGCAGGCCUCACCUGCUCUGUCCCAACAGGUUUCUGUCACCAAAAUGAGUCUGGUUUUCACGGUACCACCCCAGAGACAGGUGAGGUGUGCAGGAACUGAUCCUGGUUCAGCUCCGGCUUCAGCUUCAGCUGCUCGGCCAUCACUUCUGAUCCUGAACUGGUUUCUGUUGAAACACAAACACUGAAUCAUGUGUCUGAACCUACUUUUAGUUUUAGUCUGGUAAGAAGACGUCGCCAGGGACCUGGACCAGGAAGGCAGCUGGGUCUAGCUACCAAUACAGAGUGAGAGGGUGAGAGAGCUAGACUCAUAAUGAACAAGAUACAGCUGUGAUUUAUCAGCAGAACAUUUUAUUCAACAGGUUUAGAGUUGAAACAAUCACAGAAUGAGAGCAGAACAAGAAGCAGCAGAAGCACUGGAAAUCGUGUACACAUAUUUAAAUAAGGUAGAGUGAUUUUUUUUCUUUGUCUAAUAAUUAAACAUUAUCCUGAAUAUUUGAUGCAAAUAAAGUUCAAAUGACGUCCAACAGUUUACCUGAGGGUUAGUUCUGCAGCAGCCGUUGCCAUGGUGACCUGGUUAAAAGUGGUCUAGCUUUAACCCUAAAAAGAGCCAAUAGCACAGCGACAUCGUGGUCCAGGCCCAGCUCAGCCUGUGUUCACACUGGACCAAAAACCAAAUCCUGAUCAGACUCAGGUUUGAACCCCGUCCUGUGUGUAAAUGAUGUGGACAAAACUUUAGAAACACUACACAGCAGUAUUGAUCCUUCUUCAAUUGAUCAGUGUAUUUCAGAAAUGUCUGUGUGUUAGAUUAAUGGUCCUGAGUUAGAGACAGUCAAGGAAGUGAUGUUUAAAUUAUGAUUCUUUUUCCAUCUGUGCCUUUUGUUUUUGAUCCUGAGCUGUUUGUUGUUCAUUUGGGGAUUUAUUUAUUUUACUGAGCCACAGGAAGAAAACACCUGGCCUGUCGGGAUGUACUGUCACUUGCCAAUGAGAAUAAAAGCAAAGGUCAUUCUCA